GGCACUAAAUUUUACUGACAAUGUGGAAAAUUCAUUAUAUUUUUAUCAUUGUUAUUAUUAUUGGUGCUUCAACGUGGAAAUUAUCACUAGCGCAUCGAACCUUAAUAUCCGACAGACUUGAAAAUGUUACGCAAACUAUUUCACGGCUACUGGAAGGAUAUGAUAUAAGAUUAAGGCCUAACUUUGGAGGUGAUCCACUUUUUGUGGGCAUGGAUUUAACGAUUGCCAGUUUUGAUUCGAUAUCCGAAGUAAAUAUGGAUUAUACAAUCACAAUGUAUUUAAAUCAAUAUUGGAAGGAUGAACGACUUGCAUUUAGUAAUGACGAAGAAGUAUUAACACUUUCGGGUGAUUUUGCUGAAAAAAUUUGGGUACCUGAUACAUUUUUUGCUAAUGAUAAAAAUAGUUUCUUACAUGAUGUAACAGAAAGAAAUAAACUUGUUCGAUUGAAUGGUGAUGGAAGUAUUACGUAUGGAAUGCGAUUCACAACAACAUUAGCUUGUAUGAUGGAUUUACAUUAUUAUCCAUUAGACUCACAAAAUUGUACAGUCGAAAUUGAAAGUUAUGGUUACACAGUUCUUGAUGUAUUAAUGUAUUGGAAAGAAACGCCUGUACGUGGUGUUGAGGAAGCAGAACUUCCUCAAUUUACAAUAAUUGGUUAUGAGACAAACGAUCGUAAAGAAAGUCUUGCAACAGGAAUUUAUCAACGGUUAUCAUUAUCAUUUAAAUUGCAACGAAAUAUUGGUUAUUUUGUAUUUCAAACAUAUCUACCAAGUUGUUUAAUUGUAAUGCUUUCAUGGGUAUCAUUUUGGAUAAAUCAUGAAGCAACUAGUGCACGUGUGGCAUUAGGUAUAACAACAGUUUUAACAAUGACAACAAUUAGUACAGGUGUUAGAAGUUCGUUACCAAGAAUUAGUUAUGUAAAAGCCAUAGAUAUUUACCUUGUUAUGUGUUUCGUAUUCGUAUUCGCAGCGUUACUUGAAUAUGCAGCGGUAAAUUAUACUUAUUGGGGAGCACGAGCAAAAAAGAAGAGUAAAAAAUCUAAAGAAGCGGAAGAAAAAAAAGUUACAAAUAACAAAUCGAAAGACGCAUAUCAAACAACCGAAGAUAUAAUUGAACUAGAAGAUGUUAGAAUGAGUCCAAUAGCAUCGAUACGAAAUCGACAAAAUUCAACACGUUCAGCUACAACAAUAGAUGAUACAAGUGUUGAUCCAUCAAAAUUUCCACCUAGUUUUAGAAUUUCACGAACAGGUGGUUAUAGUAUUAAUUCUAGAGGGUAUCCACCAGGAUUACGUUAUCGUGGUGCUAGGGGUAAUCAAGUAAAUAGACCAAAAAUGUUUCAUGCAUUACGUCGUGGAGCAUCAGUGUUGAAAGCGUCGAUGCCAAAAAUCAAAGAUGUCAAUGUUAUAGAUAAAUAUUCGAGAAUUAUAUUUCCAGUAUCAUUUAUGUUAUUCAAUGCUGGCUAUUGGAUAUUCUACUUUUUCGAUUGA